CUACCUCCUGCCAAGGCCGCAGUUUUCAAAUCCACAUUGUGCAGUAGUAGCCGCAGCUCUUGGGUGGAGUCCGGGAGCUGAGAAGCCAGAUUACAAGCUCUUUGGAGUGUGGACCUUCUGCUGUUCUAUUUAUACAGUACCUAGCACAAUGGAGCUCUGAUCUUGGAUGGUCGUUAGGUGUGCUUGGGCAGAGAAGAUGCCAGUGCCACGCAACUCCAAGACCACAGGCAGUAAACAGCUACGGCCUGGCAAAGCAGGAGCAGUGGAAAAUGUCAGACCCGAGAAGGAGGAGAGUUUUCAAGCAAAGAGGUCCCCGUCCUCACCCCAGGGGGCACCCAAGAAGAGGUCAGCCUUCGGAGACAUCACUAAUGCUCACAAGAACCAGGCUGGCCUGAGGAAGAAGGAUGCUGCGAAGGCAGGUCCCAGGAAGGCGCAGAAGGGCACAGCUGCUCUGGGGGUCUUGAAGAACAAUGAGAUCAACUUUAAAAAGUCAACAAGGAAAACUCCCCCAGCUGAGGUGCCUGUUGAUCCCAAACUGGUUCCCAAAAAUGACCCGGUGCCGGAGGAGCCAGCACCCACGCAGGUGCCUGCCAUUGAGGACAUUGACAAGGAGCAGCUGGGAGACCCGUACGCCAGCGCCGAGUACGCCAAGGAGAUCUUCAAUUACAUGAAGGAGAGAGAGGAGAAGUUCUUGCUCCCAAACUACAUGGAGAACCAGCACGACAUCAGCAGGGACAUGAGAGCCAUUCUGGUGGACUGGAUGGUGGAGGUCCAGGAGAACUUUGAGCUGAACCAUGAGACGCUGUACCUGGCAGUGAAGCUGGUGGAUCACUACCUGGUGGAGGUGGUGAGCAUGAGGGACAAGCUGCAGCUCAUUGGUUCCACGGCCAUCCUCAUCGCUUCCAAGUUUGAGGAGCGCUGCCCCCCGUGUGUGGAUGACUUCCUCUACAUCUGUGACGAUGCCUACAAGAGGGAGGAGUUGAUUGCCAUGGAAAUGAGUAUCCUCCGCACGCUGAAGUUUGACAUCAAUGUUCCCAUCCCAUAUCGCUUCCUGAGGAGGUUUGCCAAGUGCACUCACGCCAGCAUGGAGACACUGACCCUGGCCCGCUUCAUCUGCGAGAUGACCUUGCCGGAGUAUGACUACAUCCAGGAGAGCGCCUCCAAGCUGGCCGCCAGCUGCCUGCUCCUGGCCCUCAAGAUGAAGAGCCUUGGCGGAUGGAACCCCACACUGGAGUAUUAUAGCGGGUACAGCUCUCAGGAGCUCCAUCCACUGGUGAAGAGGCUGAACUUCCUGCUGACCUACCAGCACGAUGACAAGUUAAAGGCGGUGCGCACAAAGUACUCCCACCGGGUCUUCUUCGAAGUAGCCAAGAGUGCUCCCAUGGACAUGCUGAAGUUGGAGGUGGCUCUGAAGAGCUAGCCCAAGGGACGGGGUGAGCAGCCCUCUUGGGGGCUGGCAGCUCUGCCCUUGGCUAGGAGGGGUGCGCGGCCCAUGUGUAAAUAGCCUGUAUAUAGAGAUUUGCUUCCUUGGCCCAAACAGGUCUGUACAUAGAUUUUUCUUUUUAAUGUUAAAGGGGGGAAAAAAAUGUAGCAAGUGUUAUUGGGGGGACUAAACACAUGAAAAUAAGUCAAUAAAAUAUUGUGUAUCUG